CGCUUUUUAUCGCAUUGCCGUGAAUCUUUGGUGGCACAGUCAUUGAACCCAAUAAACCGUUAUCUCGAUCGCAACCGGAUUUUUCGUUUUCGUGUUGGCAGGCUUUUAUACAGCGGAUGCCGCUAGAUGCUGAUAGCGAAUUUAGCAAAGUAAAUCAUGGCUGCAAAUGUCGACGAUAUUCGUAAUGCUGUCUACAAACUGCCCACAGAUGUUAAAGAAAUGGUCCGAUUAGGUAUCCAGCACUCCAUUUGGUCCCUAAUGAUUGGAGGACUCUUCCCUGUCGGUGUCAGUGACCAGGUGGAUCAAUUACUCAAUGACGCGCAAGGGAGACAAGGGACUGUCCUGGAUGUCGGUUGUGGUUCAGCAAUAUGGGCCACUAACAUGGCGAAAACUUUUUCCCGUGCUUGGGUCGUAGGCCUUGAUUUGAAUGCUCAGGAAUUCUCAGAUGCGCCAGAGAAUUUUGAAUUUAUCCAGGGAGACCUGGAUCAGACCCUGCCAAAAUUCAACGGUCGAGCAUCCAUCGUCCAUUGUCGCUGUGUUGCGCAACAUGUCCGGGACCCACAAACUCUAGUACUUCUGCUUUCUCAAACCCUACGACCUGGCGGCAUUCUACUCCUAGCCGAUGGUGAUUGGACUGUUUAUGACCAACACAAAAAGCUGGUUGAACCUUUUAAAUGGUGGAAUUGUGGUACCACCAACUCAAAUCCAGCGGAGCCGAUAGUACUUGAGAAAGACGCCUGCGGUCGUUCGUGGUACGCAAGUUGGCUCGAUUUCUUUGGCAACUUAACUCGGAGCAAAGAUUAUCGACCGAUCGAAGAGCUAGUCAAGAAUGUAGAUACGCUAACGGUGCUAGACUCACACCGCUAUCUCAGUCCAAUCAACUGGCCUGGGGAAGGGAUUGAGAACGGCGAAGACUUAGGCAGAAUUCUGAAUAUCAACCAACGGGUGAGCUUUUGUUUGUCAUCCCUUAGUAUGUACAUAUAUGGUGGUCUCACAAAUCUGGUAUCGUGAUACAGGACUUUUUCGUUGGUGCUAAGGAAAUUGCACUGCAGGCCGGAUUCUCCCAUGAAAUGAUUGAAGUUUGGGGCCGACAUUACGAGGCAGAGAUAGAUUCUGGUCACUUCUACAAUAUGUG